UUGCCCCGCACCACCCCCGCGUUGAGAGGUUGCGGUCUCCCCCGGCAUCCACGGCACGCACCAGCACGUCUGCCUCGCCGCCGCACUGCUGAUUGUGUUGUGCGAGACUCGCGUGUGUGCUGCCGUGUGGGAAUGACAACAGCGACGGCACGACGGACAAAAAGACCCAAACAAGACCAGUCACGCACCACCGAAUCAAGCGCACACGAUCAAGAUGAGUGCGUGUGAGUGAUUGCCUUCGAAAAUGCACCAUAUUUAUAUGAUUUGCGAAUCGUGACACCUCCGACGCGCCGAAAUGUCUUCCAAAAGUGAACUGAAAAAGUUGUCCGAGGAGAGUCUCACGCGCCAGCCUGAGGAAGUGUUUGAUAUAAUAUGCAAACUAGGAGAGGGAUCUUACGGCAGCGUCUACAAGGCGCUGCACAAGGAAUCCGGGCAAGUGCUCGCCAUCAAGCAGGUUCCGGUCGACACCGAUCUGCAGGAGAUAAUCAAGGAAAUUUCCAUCAUGCAACAGUGUGAUAGUCCCUAUGUGGUGAAAUACUAUGGUAGUUACUUUAAGAACACAGAUUUAUGGAUUGUGAUGGAGUACUGCGGUGCCGGCUCGGUAUCCGACAUAAUGAGAUUGCGCAAAAAGACAUUAUCCGAGGAUGAGAUUGCCACAAUACUCUGUGACACUCUGAAAGGCUUGGAGUAUCUUCAUUUGCGGCGGAAGAUUCAUAGAGACAUAAAAGCAGGGAAUAUUCUGUUGAAUUCUGAAGGACAUGCCAAGCUGGCUGAUUUUGGUGUUGCUGGUCAGUUGACCGAUACGAUGGCCAAGCGCAACACAGUGAUAGGAACGCCAUUUUGGAUGGCACCAGAAGUGAUACAGGAGAUAGGGUAUGAUUGUGUCGCGGAUAUUUGGAGUCUCGGCAUUACAGCUUUAGAAAUGGCGGAGGGAAAACCCCCAUAUGGGGAUAUACAUCCAAUGAGGGCGAUUUUUAUGAUUCCAACUAAACCUCCGCCGUCUUUCCGCAAACCAGAUCAAUGGAGUACAGAAUUUAUUGAAUUCGUUAGUCUAUGUCUGGUGAAGAAUCCGGAGGAUCGAGCUACGGCUACUAAUCUACUGCAGCAUGAAUUUAUUGGUAAUGCUAAACAACCCAGCAUUCUGAGUCAAAUGAUUGCUGAGGCGCAUGAAUUGAGAGAGAAUCUGUGUUAUAAGAACGUGCCGUUUACUGAUGCCGCUGGAGUUCUUAAACCGAACAUCAUGGAAGAGUACCAGUAUCAAGAAGCGGACAGUCAAACAAUGGUGCAGAUUCCUGAUGAUGGUACACUUGUACCUGGUGGUACCCUACGUGCUGAUCCUUCACAAUGCGGAACAUUAGUUGAACUAUCGUCAGACUUGGGCACGAUGGUGAUUAAUAGUGAUGUGGAUGAGCAGACAAUGCGCAGACAUGAUACAGGUUCCGCACAGAAGAUCUACCGACCUUAUUUUAUGGAUCACUUUGACAAAAAAGAAGCUGAAGUGAAGCAGGGUAAUGGAUUGGCUUCGCCGACCACUCUGGAUGCACCCAACAAUAAUGUAGCGGAUACAAAUGAAGAGGAACAGCGUUUCCAGAGCCAUUAUCAUCUGCAGAUGAAUCAGGUACCACCGACAACGGCGCCGAUGGUGAUGUCGCCUGUGACACCUUCAUCUCCAUUACAACAACAUCCACCACCACCACCGAUCGAGAACAAAGCUAAUAUGAUUCGUGGCUUCUCAGAUGGAGAUUUUGAAUUUUUGAAGUUCCUCAGCUAUGAUCAACUACAACAACGAAUGACAACCCUGGACGCCGAAAUGGAGAGAGAAAUUGACGAGCUGCGCCGCCGCUAUCAGACCAAACGACAGCCGAUCCUGGAUGCCAUGGACACGAAGCGGAAGCGGCAGCAGAAUUUUUAAGCGCGCAAUGCCAUAUGAAUAGUGCAAACCGUAACGAAUACAGAUGGAAUCCUGUAUGGUGCUCAAAAGGCGAGGCUGAAUUCAACAAGCGGCACGAAAAUCUCCUGUGUUUCGAAUAUUUUAACGAUCGUUUUAAUCAUGUUUUGUCCCGCCGAGUGAAGGAUUCAGGGAUUUUGAUUUAUAUUCUCUUUUUUUUGUGUUCCUAGCGCAUGACUUCACAUGUACUUAUAUUUCAAAGUGUCCCACACAUUGGCAAACGUAUUGAUUAGUGGUCGUCAAUAGCGAGAUUAUGCGUGUUUUAGUCGAAGCGCAUUCAGGGCGUGAUCAUUUACGAAUAGAAUCACAUUGCAUACCAUUGACACACACGUGAACAAAAUAGCUAAUGUGUAGAUUUUAGCGUUUUUUCUCUUAUCAUGUAUUCACACUGCGCGAUGACGGAUAUAGUAUUUAUUAAUUUUUGUGGUUGUAUUAUUAUGUACAGUGAGUCAAUCAAGUCGAGUUUUUAGAAAGAUAAUUACUAGUUACUCGUAAGACGACUUAGGUUAUAAGCAGGUACUAAUUCAGUACGCUUGUUGUGCCUUUUUAGGGUUAGUCUUGAUAGGUAACUACUGUAAUACAUAUUUUUCAAAUUGUUCUGAAUAAUAAAUGCCUAUAUAUUCAUGUGACACAUUAA